GCUAAGCCAGCAAGUUCGGUGGAGUCUGGCGGUCGGCGGGUAAUGCGCAUGCGCAAAGGAGUUGCCCUGGUGCUGGAUUGGAAAUAGGUUUAGAAAAAAAAUCCCAGCGGUGAUAUAAAAAAACAGCAAGAGAGGGAGACAGAAAUGAGGGAAGAAGCUGCUGUAACCCUGGCCUAGAAAAAGGGCUACACCAAAGAAGGAACGUGAAGGAAUUCAGCUGUUCUAUCUCUAUUGUAACUUUGACUUAAGGAUGUGUUGUCUCUCAAAAAAUGUACAAAAGAAGACUAAAAUGGAAGAUUUGUCGAGACCUUUGGUGGUGCUAAACUUGUAGUAGCCCAUCGUUGUAAACGUGAUGAUAUUCUAAAAUUCCAAGUUUUGGCAUUGUUGGUUUGCAUGGCAAAGUAACCGUGGAGAAGCCAGGCUACCACAAACUUAUGGAUUUUGAUAAGAGUGGGGGGAGGGGUGAUACGGAAGAAACAAGAAGAAUGUCAAAAUCUGGCGGGCGCGGAACCAACUGUGGCCGGAGUACAGGGACCAGUUCUGGAGUCUUAAUGGUGGGUCCCAACUUCCGGGUGGGGAAGAAAAUUGGAUGUGGGAAUUUUGGAGAGCUUCGUCUAGGAAAGAAUUUAUACACAAAUGAAUACGUGGCCAUCAAACUGGAACCUAUAAAAUCCAGGGCCCCACAACUUCAUUUGGAGUACAGAUUCUACAAACAGCUGGGAAAUGCAGAGGGAAUUCCUCAGGUUUACUACUUUGGCCCUUGUGGAAAGUACAAUGCCAUGGUAUUAGAAUUGCUGGGACCUAGCUUGGAGGAUUUAUUUGAUCUUUGUGAUCGAACGUUUUCCAUUAAAACUGUACUAAUGAUAGCCAUACAGUUGAUUACACGAAUGGAAUUUGUACACAGCAAAAGUUUGAUAUACAGAGAUGUUAAACCAGAGAAUUUCUUAGUAGGCCGACCAGGGAGCAAACGACAACAUACCAUUCAUAUCAUAGACUUUGGCCUUGCCAAAGAAUACAUAGAUCCAGAGACCAAAAAGCACAUCCCAUACCGAGAGCACAAGAGCUUAACUGGGACAGCACGCUAUAUGAGCAUAAAUACACACCUAGGCAAAGAACAAAGUCGAAGGGAUGACCUUGAAGCAUUAGGACACAUGUUUAUGUAUUUCCUGCGUGGUAGUUUACCUUGGCAAGGUCUGAAGGCUGACACUUUAAAGGAGAGGUAUCAGAAGAUAGGUGACACCAAACGAGCUACCCCAAUUGAAGUCUUGUGUGACAAUUUCCCAGAAGAAAUGGCAACAUACCUCCGCUAUGUACGAAGACUUGAUUUUUUUGAAAAACCAGACUAUGAAUAUCUAAGAAAACUCUUCACUGAUUUGUUUGAUAGAAAUGGAUUUGUGUUUGAUUAUGAAUAUGACUGGGUUGGAAAACCACUACCGACUCCUAUUGGUUCAAUCCAUGCUGACAUACCACUCUCACCACCCAACCGAGAUAAAGCACCACAACAAACCAAACAGUUGGCAGAUCGCAAUGGAGCUUGGGAACCUCAUUCCAGCUGUCAGCCCAGUGCACAACAUUUGGGAACACAUCUGACAUCAGACAGGCUCGGAGGUUCCAUACAGGUGGUGAGCUCAACAAAUGGUGAACUUAACACAGAUGACCCCACGGCAGGACACUCCAAUGCACCCAUUACAGCCCCAGCAGAAAUUGAAGUGGCAGAUGAUACCAAGGCAAUUCGCAAGAACCACCAAAGUAAGCAGAAAGUAACAUUUGUCCCAUGAGGCGAGGGCUGAUUGGUUAGCAUGUGGACUCUGGUAGAGGUGUGCCAUGGAAAAUACAAGUAUGAAUUCAAAAUACAAAUCUGU